AUGGGCUCCGCAGACGUCGAUCCAGACCUCUACACCAAAAUGCAGAACCUCACCUCCACAUACCACCGCGACGUGUACCCCGCCGUCUCCCCCACAAAUCCCUCCAACAGCGCCGCCGGAAAAGUCGUCCUCAUUACCGGCGCAAGCCGCGGUAUCGGCAAAGCAAUCGCACCCUCUUGGGCCGCAGCAGGCGCAUCCGGCAUCGCGCUAUGCUCGCGCAAAGCUGAAGACCUCACCAGCACCAUCGAGGACAUUAAGGCCGCAAACCCCAAGACCGAGACGCUAGCCGUGUCCUGCGACGUCACGCAAGACGCGCAAGUCGCCAGCCUCUUCGCGCAGAUCCAGCAGAAGUUCGGCAAACUCGACGUCGUGAUCGCGAACGCGGGCGUUGGGAACCAGGGCUCCGCGUUCCCCAAGAUCGGCGAGAUGGACCCGCACGCGUGGUGGAACGACAUGCAAGUCAACGUCCGCGGCGUGCACCUCACCGCGCACCAUUAUAUCCGCACCUUUGGGCCCAGCCCCAGCGGGACGUUCAUCAAUAUGACGUCUAGCGCGGCUACGAUCGUCAUCCCCGGGAUUUCGUCCUACAAUAUGUCCAAGGACGCCUGCAUCCGCCUCGUCGAGUUCUUGGACGUGGAGUAUCCCGAGCUGCGAGCGUUCUCGUUGAACCCUGGUAUUGUGAAGGGUAUCGCCAAGAUGGAGGCGUAUCAGCCGUUUGCGCUGGAUACGGUGGAGCUGACGGGCGCGUUUACGGUGUGGUUGAGCAGUGGGCGGGCGGACAAGAUUAGGGGCGGGUAUGUGAGUGUUAAUUGGGAUGUGGAGGAGCUGGAGAGGCAUGGGGAGGAGAUUAGGGAGAAGGGGUUGUUGAAGAGUAAGUUCUUGGCCGGGGUUCUUGGACCGCAGGGGUAUGCGUUCGGGAAGUAG